GACCCCAACGAGCCGCGGGUACGCCACCCGGACUACGGACCUGCACGCGGAACACGGCCACGCGGCCUCACCUGGGAGGCGUACGAGCCUGGCACGCAGCUGUACCUCAGCCUCACACAGAAGCCGCGUAUGCGGAGCCACUACCGGGGCCACAAGAUGGCGCUCUGGCUCAACCUCAUCCCGCAACUGCACCAGCCCGGCGGAGAUGACGUCAGCAUGCGCCACCACAACUUCCGGGAGCGCGCGGAACACUUUUAUUCAGGGCUGGUGCGCGCGGAGUCGUUCACGCGGCCGCCACCACCUCCCCCCGCGCCCGGCAGCACGCCGCGCACGCCCUCCACCGAGUGCACGCCCAACUCCACGGCGGCGCCCUGGGACGAGGACGUGGUGGGCGUGGACGAGGACGACGAGGACGGCCUGGGCGGGGCCGGCGGGCCCGAGGACGAGGCCGGCCUGCUGCGCCGCCUUGCCACCAGACACUACUACAGCUACACGGCGGCGCUGGGCGUGACGGUGGGCGUAGGCUGCCUACUCCUCGUGCUCAACAUGCUGGUGUUCGCGGGCGUCUUCUACCGGCGGCGGCGGCGCGGGGGCGGCGCGGGAGGGCGGGCGGCGGCGGCGGCGGCCGAG